UUUACUACCAUCAAAUAAUAAUCUGUAACCAAUGGGGCGAUUUUUGUCAUGUUUGUGGUGGUGUUGUACUACGUAAAAUUUUGAUCAGGAAGAUAUCAAAUAUUUAGUGGAAAUAAAAUAGGACAGAUAUGAAACGUGGAAGCAGGAAAGCCUCCACCAAGAGGAUGCAGCGUGAGAACGGAGCAAUAGAACCGGGACUACUCAAUUCUCAGAUCGCCAUUCUUUCAGGUGGUACAGACUUAGCUGGGAAUCCUUUAGUUACAUUUCCUUUACAUAGUGCAAUAGAAAACAAAGACUGGGAACUUGAGGGCGCAUGUAAAUACCUUGUAUAUCUACAGGAUGUCAUUUUCUUAGUUAUGAAGAGGAAAAGUGCUGCUUUUGUGGCAAAUUUUAGACAGGGAUGUAAUGAGAAUGUUAUAACUGAGGUGGUUAAAGCUUUGGAACAUCUAGAGAUUGAACGCCGAGGAGCUGUAGCAGCCUUCUAUGUUGUCAAACCAAAGUCACGAAGCAAGACAAGACUUCUGAAAAGACUACUAGGUCUGAAAUCACAGCGGAAGGAUAUAGUUACGUUUGGAAAUCAGUUUAAAACUGUUGUUGUAAAAACACUUGUUGAGCUUUCUACACAAAUUGAACCAAAGGAAUUAACUACAGAUUAUGGAGGCCACCUUACAUACGACCAUGAUGCUUGGAUCUUUCUUCACAAGAAAAUUCUACCCACACUCGCCCAGUCUGAAGAUGUUAAGGACAGACUUUAUGGUGUCAAAGACAAGGCUCUGUUAAUGGCAGAUUAUGAUACAAUCAGUCACACAGCUGAUCUGCUAAAGACACUCCACUGUGAACUUGAAGAGCAGUUCAAUUCAUUGAUACGACACAGUGAUAUAGAUUUAACAGUUGAAAAAUGCAAACAGACUUUACAUCACCUUGAUGAUCCAGACGAGGACAGUCCAAUCUCAAAUGUUCACCCAACACUAAGAACACAAAUAGUAACGCAGAUCAGAAAUGCAUUUACAGAUCUCUCUUCAACACAAGUAGAAUUAGAGGUUAUUUGGAGGUCAGUUGAUGAAGGAAUAAGAAAACAAAUCAGCUUGAAGGAGAAGAAAGAAGAAGCAGACAAGUUAUGUAUGGAAAUAACAGAAAGGUACUGGCCUUUGAUGGUACAACAUCCUAACAUAGGCACAAAUCUUAGUCAAGCAGAACUCUACAGAACUCAUUUUAAAUCCUUACUGUAUGACCCGGCGAAGGAAAUAAUAGCAGAUGCUACCGGAAUUUUGGAAACACUGCAACGAAUGGACGUGAGAGAUAUUUCUCAACAAGAUGGCAUCAAAACUAUUGUCGAAAGACUGACAAAUACGAUCCACCCCUUUGCCACUCAGCUUAAUGAAAUAAAUCAGAUUUAUGUAGAAAUGCACGUCUUUUUUCUCGUGUAUGAAAAGGCACUUUUAUGGUACAAGAAAGCUAUCGACAUUAUUCCGACAUCGCUAUGUAGCCGAGCUGCUAAUGGUGACAGCAACAUUUUAAGCACGCCGCCUGGAUGGAGAAAUUCAGUACAGGUUUUUCUCCGAAAGCAUCCUGCACCUCGUGAUGAUCAUAUAGCUCACAUUGAUGUAAACAUACCCGACAUUGUCGAUCGAACAACUGUCAACCAGACACAACUACUAGCUGACAGGUUGCGUUUAUUGAUAUCAAUAUUAAGGGGUAACAGACUUGAGGCUAAUUUACUGUGUCACGUGUAUGAUUGGAAAAUAGAGAGUAUGUCAAACACUGGUGAACUACCUUUAACCGAAGAAGAGGACGACCAACUGGAAUCUGUGAACUUAAUGUCUAGUAGAAAGUUUCGGCAUGGGUAUAUUGUGCCGAAAAGGCGAACUGGCAAGGUAUAUAGUAAUCUAGAUAGGCCACGACUCCAUCGACGUGAAGCAGCUUCUGUAAUGGAAAAUAGAACACAGCGACAGCAUCAGAUGUUGCGUCGAACGUCAUCAGCUGAUACCGAUAAACAGUUACUAAAUUCUUUUGACAGCCAAGGGCUUGGGAAAUCAAAAUAUAAAUGUUCAAGUGAAUUUUCUCUUAACCAUUCAUCGCGACUAGUCAAUAAUAGUGAUCUUGACAAUGUUGUACAGUUUAUUCAAAAGUUGACAUCUUCAAGGUCAAUGAGCAGUGACAAAAAGUUGCACUAUGUCUCAGAACUUAUCCUUAAUUUAGAAUUAGAUAAUAAUGAUGGCACUCAUCUCCCAAAAAUGUCACGAAGACGUUUUUCACCGUCUGCAAAAAUCAUAAAAAAGAUAUCAAGAAAAGGUUCGGUGACAGACAAAAAACCUACUGAAGAAAUAUCCGAGCUAAAUCGACGUUUAUGUCGAUCCCUUGAUAAUAUUCUUGAUAUCGAUUUAGAUUCGUUCAACACUGAUCAAAACAGAUUAGAUCAGUCGAAGUCCAUGUUUCAUAUCCCCAACGAUCACCAUUUAAGUAGAGCAUAUAUCACAAACGGGCAUGAAUUUAGCGAUGUUCCUGAAACCAGCGAAAUGUCUUCAAAAGAAAGCAUAGAUUCAACAGUUGCAGAUGGAGGCUCAUCUCAUCUAGUUAUGCCAAACGAAAAGAUGCAUGAUUCUUUUGCUGAAAGACAAUCCCCGUCAGCAUGUACCAGUGAACAGGGAGAUGACACUCAAAGCUUGCAAGCAAAUACAGGAUCUUACAUUAUAUUUCAUAAGCAUUCGAGGGAAAGAAGCAUCGAUUGUUUUCCAAAAGAAAACUCAAGCAAAGAUAAAAAUAAGGAAUCUAUGCAAACCGAUAAUCAGAAUGAGAGUGAUGACGACAAGAGAUCAACUGGAGAGUCAAAAGAAAAUUUUAAGCGGAAGUCAGUGACUCGGAUUGCUAGUAUGUAUAAAAAUAGAAGAUCCUGGAACCUGCCGUACAAGAAUGAAAACUUAAACACAGAAACAAUGUCUCAAGUUUUACCUGACAGUGAGUUUGAUUCGCCUCUCCAGAAGAAAGCAGUCAGGAGGAAAAAUAGUAUUUCUUUAUAUGAUGUACAGAAACCCGGAUCAUUCGAAGAAUUUGACUUUUCCAGUGGUAUUUUUGGUAGCGCUCCUCGAAAAUCAAUGCUUAGCCUGUCAACAGACUUGGGGUAUGAUAGUCAACAUGACCACCUCCAAAAUGAUGACCCAAAAAUAAAAUCAAACGAGUUCCAGAAAGAUAGACGACAUUCAAUUACUUGUGGCACAAGCGUACUUAAACUUCGUAGAACGUCAUCUAAUGAACUGAAUGGUCAGAUAAAGUCUCAUAUAUUACAUUCGAAUCAUGGUAAUUUCAAAGAAUAUAAAGUAUGAAGCAAAAAAUAGAAUCUAUGUAUUAAAAUGUGUGUUGUACUUCUUUCAUUUAAUUUUCAAUACCGUUGGCUCUUAAUUGCUUGUUCGGUAAGGUAUGACAUAUCCGUGUGACAAAUGUGCAAGUUAACGACAUGCAUUCAUUUAUUUGAUAUAUAAUUCCUUCUGCCUGUUAAAUUAAUUAAAAUUCAUGACACUUAGCAAUAUUACAUGGACUUCAAUUUUAGAAGGCAUUGGAGAAAUUCAAUGGAAAAUAAAGAGAACUUUCAUUCUGAAAUUGAUGCAAUGAUAUAUGAUUAGAUUUUAUGGGCGCAGCCAUUUUAUGAAGAUAACAUGGCAUUCAGAAUUAAGAGUAUGGCUAAUGCUGAUUGGUCGUUGUGUGCGGCCGAUAUGUUUUAUUACUAGAUACUUCAUCCACUCUGCAUUAUACCAAAGGCAAAAUAAUAUAAUUUCCUUAGCCCUAAAGGGCAUGAGAAGUUUUUUCUUCGCUGUGACGAGAUACGUAUUUUAAGGUGCAGAAUUGAAAAGCAAGGGAGAUAAGUACAAAAUUGCGUUAAGAAAAGCAACGGGAACCUAUAUUUUGGACCAAAAAAUAAUGUCCGAAUAAUGUUUCUUUAAUUCUAGCAAAGUUUUAUUCUAAAAAUCAACUUUCUAAAGUCUGUAUCUCGAAAAUGUCGCCAAUGGGGGAUUCAAUUGUUGUUUGCAAUCUAUUCAGCGUCGACAUUUCUUUAUCAUAAUGCUCAAAAAGUGUAAAAAACAGUAAUUGUAGGGGUUAUAUGAUGUGAAACCGUAUUUUUUUUGUGUUAAAUAAAUUAUUGAUCACCGAGUUUUUAAACUAUAGUCUAUUUCAUAUUUGUAUUGUGUUUCACAGUUGGAACAAGGGUGGGCUCGACUUUUG